UCGGCGUCCCUGACACCACCCCCCCUCUUCGAUUGCCCCUGCCAGCGCCCUCCCGAGCUGCUUGGCGCCCGGCGUCCCGCGCCCGCCUGAACAGCUCUUGUGCCCCACACCCGGGCCAGAGGCCGAGGAAGGCGGGCGAAGUAAGGGGGCGCGGCGUGAAGCAGCCUCCCCAGCCGUGAGCAGGUAGCUAACGCCUAGUAGGGAGCGCCAGGGACUGCAGGAGUUCGAGGAGCGCGGCUACGGGGGGCGGACAUCAGCGCCCGUGCGGCGAGAUGCCGGGCCUCCGAGUGUGAGCCGAGCCAGGAGGGCCCAGAGCCACCUGCGCCCCCUCCCCUCUCCCUGCCCCCAAUCUUUCGGGGGCGCCCAAAUCCCCUUCCCCUGAGUUCCUUAGCAGCCCCUAACAACCCCCAUCGCCCUCUGCUCCCUCCCCGCCGCCGCAACCAACCCCGAGGAGGGAUGACCCUCUCCGGCGGCGGCAGCGCCAGCGAUAUGUCCGGCCAGACGGUGCUGACGGCCGAGGACGUGGACAUCGAUGUGGUGGGCGAGGGUGACGACGGGCUGGAGGAGAAGGACAGCGACGCGGGUUGCGAUAGCCCUGCGGGGCCGCCGGAUCUGCGCCUGGACGAGGCGGACGAGGUGCCGCCGGCGACACCCCAUCACGGGCAGUCUCAGCCGCCCCACCAGCAGCCCCUGGUAUUGCCCAAGGAGGCGGCGGGAGCCGGGGCCGGGCCUGCGAGCGAGGCGGGAGCGCCGGAGGUGGACGGCUGCAAGGGUGGCGAAGAGGGCGGCACGAGCGGUAGCGGGCCCGGCGCGGGUAGCGGUGCGGCUGGCGGCCUGACUCCAAGCAAGCCCAAGAACAGCCUGGUGAAGCCACCCUACUCGUACAUCGCUCUCAUCACUAUGGCCAUCCUGCAGAGCCCGCAGAAGAAGCUGACCCUGAGUGGCAUCUGUGAGUUCAUCAGCAAUCGCUUCCCCUACUAUCGGGAGAAGUUCCCCGCCUGGCAGAACAGCAUCCGCCACAACCUCUCACUUAAUGACUGCUUCGUCAAGAUCCCCCGCGAGCCGGGCAACCCAGGCAAGGGCAACUACUGGACCCUGGACCCGCAGUCCGAGGAUAUGUUCGACAACGGCAGCUUCCUGCGGCGCCGGAAACGCUUCAAGCGCCACCAGCAGGAACACCUGCGCGAGCAGACGGCGCUCAUGAUGCAGAGCUUCGGCGCUUACAGCUUGGCGGCAGCGGCAGGCGCCGCGGGACCUUACGGCCGCCCCUACGGCCUGCACCCAGCGGCCGCAGCCGGUGCCUACUCGCAUCCAGCGGCUGCAGCAGCUGCAGCAGCGGCCGCAGCGCUCCAGUACCCAUAUGCCCUGCCGCCAGUGGCGCCGGUGCUGCCGCCCGCCGUGCCCUUGCUGCCCUCGGGCGAGCUGGGCCGAAAAGCGGCCGCCUUCGGUUCGCAGCUCGGCCCGGGCCUGCAGCUCCAGCUUAAUAGCCUAGGCGCGGCCGCGGCUGCCGCGGGCACGGCGGGCGCGGCGGGCACCACGUCGCUCAUCAAGUCUGAGCCCAGCGCGCGGCCGUCGUUCAGCAUCGAGAAUAUCAUCGGAGGGGGCCCUGCGGCGCCGGGCGGCUCUGCCGGGAGCGCUGGCGGUGCCAGUGGCACUGGGGGGGCUGGGGGUAGCGGGGGCGGCGGCACGGCACAAUCUUUCUUGCGGCCGCCGGGGACCGUGCAGUCGGCGGCGCUCAUGGCCACGCACCAGCCACUGUCUCUGAGCCGGACGACUGCUACCAUCGCGCCCAUUCUGAGCGUGCCGCUCUCUGGACAGUUCCUGCAGCCUGCAGCCUCCGCCGCCGCCGCCGCUGCCGCCGCCGCUCAAGCCAAGUGGCCAGCGCAAUAGGGACGUGCCGGUGGCCGGGGCGCUGGCGGGUCGGCAGCCUCAGGCAGCGUGUGCAUUUCCCGGCUGCGCGCUCUGCCCCGGUCCCGGUCCCGGUCCCCCUGCCUAAUCCUGGACUCGGCCAUAUCCAACCCCCGCCCCGAUCCCCCACCACCGACCUUCCGCGGCCUCCAUCCCCUCGCGCACACCUAAGCUGACCGAGCAAACUCACCGCGCGCCCGCCGGGAAUAGCUUUCCAUACAGGUAAAACCAAUAACCGAAUUUUCCAAAAAUGCACCCCGACGGCGCCUGUUCUCAGUAUCGUAGGGGUGGAGGGAAAUUCUUUGUACAUAUUUGUAUAAAAAUUAUUGACUUUCCUUUUGGGGUUUUUAUUUUUUUAAGAAAAAAAAACAAAUUCAGUAGAUUUAGAGCUCUGAACUUUCAUUUUUUUUGAAGGUUCACUCUCCGCAGUUUUAUCUGAGAAAAUGUAUAGAGACGUUGGGAGAUUUUAAAUACAAAAUUUUCAAAAAGGCGAAGUGUCAUUCUAUUAUAAAAGUCUGUUUAUAUAUGAAUGAAUAUAUAUGGUAUUCUAAAUGUUAUUCCAUCGUGUUGUACACAACUUUGUAAAUAAAUUUUUAAAAUGCUCAA